AUGGCUGCUAGUUCUUCAAAACUCAAGAGUUGUUACAGCAUCCGAUCUAUUAGCCUGCCUACCAGAUCACAUCCUACCACUGCUGGAAUUGAGGAGGAGCUGAGCAAGUUCAAGAAAUGGGAGGCAUCGCCCACACCAACUGCAAAGACAAUCAGCAAUGAUCUAUUGGGACUGCAGGACCUGUACACACGGGCACAGGAUCUUCUUGAAUUGCCACUGACCCAGCAAGUGAUAUCUCGCCAUCAACACGCGAGAUGUGUGGAUGAGUUGCAGGAUGGGUUGAUGGGCCUGUUGGAUAUCUGUGGCAGAGCAAGGGAUGUCAUCUCACAAAUCAAGGAACAUGGUAGAGAUGUUCAGUCCUCUAUGAGGAGGACAAAUGGUGACUCAAACAUCCAAAGCAGCAUAGCUAAGUACACUUGCUUUAGAAAGAAAAUCAAGAAUGAUGCCAAGCAGUUGAUUGCAGUGCUCAAGAAAAUGGAGAAUAAAAUUGGGGCAUCCCCACUCUUGGAACUAGACCAUGUCUCCUCGGUUGUUAGAUCACUAAGAGAGAUGGAGUUGGCGAGCAUCUCCAUCCUUCUUUCACUUCUCUCCUUCUUGUCUGUCCCAAUCUCAUGGCCAAAUUCUGCAAUACGGUCACUGGUUUCGAAAUUAUUGAACAAGGGGGCAGUAGCACGUGAAAACAAACUGGAGAAUGUGAAGGAUCUGCAAAGCUUAGAUACUGCAGUGUAUGCCCUGUCCAAGAGUGAUUCAGGUGAAGGGGAUAAGAAGCAAGUUGUACAAAAUGGCCUCAAGUCUUUCGAGGUUAGCAUCGAAAACAUCGAGAAUGGUCUAGAGUGCUUGUUUAGGAGCAUGAUUAAAGCAAGAGCCUCUCUUCUAAACACAGUCUCUACAACAAUUUGA